UGGUGAAGGAGUGAACCCCAUUCUCUCGUGUAUUCGAUGGUUCUCAGAAGGCGGAGGAUGGCCACUUCGUCUUCCUUGCUCCUCAAGAAAGGAGACUCGUAUUAGAGAGGAUCGAAGGAAGCCGGACUGGUUCUCAGGAUCGCCCUGCAACUUCGUUUACUUGGUAGAGAUCACCAUGAUCCUUCCCUUGGUCAAGCUUGGUUCCUUGGCUUUGAAGACUCUCUGCAAACCCAUCGCCUCUAAGCUCAAGAAAGAGGCCGGAAUCCACCCUAAAUUCCGCCAGUUCAUCGUUAACAUCGCUCAGGCAAAUCAUAGAAUUUCCACUACCAUUCAAAGGCGCAUUUAUGGGCAUGCUACUGAUGUGGCUAUCCGUCCUCUGAAUGAGGAGAAAGCUGUUCAAGCUGCUGCAGAUCUUCUUGGAGAACUAUUUGUCUUCUCGGUUGCUGGAGCUGCUGUAAUCUUCGAAGUGCAAAGAAGUGCUAGAUCAGAAGCUAAAAAAGAGGAAAUACGGAGACAAGAAAUUGAGGCUUUAAAGCAGAAAGAGGAUGAUCUAGCAAGAGAAGUUGAACUACUUAAGCAGAAGCUCAAUGAGAUCGAGCAACUAGCAAGGGGCCAGGGCCUUUCUGGUGUUCUUGGCUUCAGGUCUAGCCAUGCUCCAGAAGGCAGCACGUCAGCGACACCUGCUUAGUUGUUCUAAGUUGCUUUGUUGUGGCUGGCGGCCAUUUUCAUCGACAGAAUGAGCAUAUUGAUGCCUUAUUCUUGUGAAGGCCCUUACCGAGUUUUGCUUUCAUUUUUUUUCACCAUAUUUAAAUGUAAACGCCAGUGAUUGAAGUGAUGUGUUUUACUUCACCAUGCGUCACCCAUGUAUUGUUCUUCUGUAAACCAGUGAGGGGACAUUGAUCUCCACUAACAUUAUUUUUGACACAGCAAAUUUGAAAAAGUCAAUAAGAAAGUCAAUUUUGUGAA